AUGACGGAUUUCCAGGUGCUCACAAUGUGGCAGAAAGUCCAAAUAUUCUACCAUGGGAUUCUGGAGCGUGGAGACAAAAGGACGGACGACUGGCUGCUGGUCCACUCUCCUGUGCCUAUUAGCUGUAUAUUUUUCUGUUACCUGAUCAUUAUAUGGGUGGGGCCAAAGUUGAUGGCGAAGAGGGAGCCAGUUAACCUCAAGCCUGUCCUGAUUGUUUACAACUUUGCCAUGGUCUGCCUGUCCGCCUACAUGUUCUAUGAGUUCACGGCCUCUUCCUGGUUGGCUGGAUACAGUCUGCUGUGCCAGCCAGUCGACUACAGCCACAGCUCCCUGGCAAUGAGGAUGGCGAGAGUUUGCUGGUGGUUCUACUUCUCCAAGGUCAUAGAGCUCAGUGACACCAUAUUUUUCAUUCUGAGGAAAAAGAACAGUCAGCUGACCUUCCUUCACGUCUACCAUCACGCCACCAUGAUCUUCAACUGGUGGGCCGGGGUGAAAUAUGUGGCCGGGGGCCAGUCUUUCCUGAUCGGUCUGAUCAACUCCCUGGUCCAUGUAGUCAUGUAUCUGUACUACGGCCUCGCAGCGCUGGGGCCAAACAUGGCCAAGUAUCUGUGGUGGAAACGCUACCUCACCUCCCUGCAGCUGCUGCAGUUUUUCAUCGUGACCAUCCACACCGCCUACAACCUGUUCGCCGACUGCGACUUCCCGGACUCCAUGAACGUGGUGGUGUUGGCCUACUCCCUCAGCCUCAUCGCGCUUUUCAGUAACUUCUACUACCGCAGCUACCUCUCGAAGAAAAAGAAGAAGAAGAAAAGGCUGGCGCAUGAAAUAAUAUUUCUAUUUAUGAACACAGAGUAG